UAAAGGCUGGAUGGCGCGCAUCCCCACCCUCACCUCGCUCUCCUCGUCACCGCGAUCGAUCGAUCGCCGCCGGUUUAGAUUUCCUUCCUACGCGGACCGCACCCACGCGCUAGGUUUAGCUAGCUAGUUUGCUUGCGCGCAAGCGUCGAUCGAGCUAGCUAGUGAAGAUAGAUAUGUGCGGCGGCGCCAUCCCGCUGAUCAGCAGCCGCGGCCCCGGCGGCAAGAGGAGCCUCUCCGCCGCCGAUGAGCUCUGGCCGCCGCCGCCGCAGCACGCCAGCGACGACCCGGCCGAGCAAGCGGCGGCGGAUGAGGAGGAGCAGGAGCAGCAGCCGGCGGCGAGGAGGCAGCGGCGAGGGGAGCGGAGGACGCUGUACCGGGGCAUCCGGCGCAGGCCGUGGGGGAAAUGGGCGGCGGAGAUCCGCGACCCGGCCAAGGGCGCCCGCGUCUGGCUCGGCACCUUCGCCACCGCCGAGGCUGCCGCGCGGGCCUACGACCGCGCCGCCCGCCGCAUCCGCGGCACCAAGGCCAAGGUCAACUUCCCCAACGAGGACAACGCCUUCGCCGCCGCGCCGCCGCCGUACCACCUCGCCGCCUACUACGGCGACGCCUCCUCCACCUCCUACCUCUACCCGAUGGCCAUGACGCCCGCCGCCGCCGGACUGAGGGAGCAGCAGCUGAUGACGACGACGGCGGUGGAGUACAGCGUUAAUGACGCCGUCGACGUGGCCAGCGUUUACUUCCAGCCGCCGCCGCCGGCGGUUGCUUACGAGUUCAGCGCCGUCGGCGGUGGCGCCGUCGUCGUGCCGGUGUCGGCGGUGGCGCCGGCGAUGACGUACGGACAGAGCCAAGAGGUGGCGGCUCCGCUCAUGUGGAAUUUCGAUGACAUCACGGCCAUGCCAAUGUGAUUGUCUUACCGUGGAGAUUAAGGCAUUUAAAGGCUUAUAGAUAACAUAAAUUUGCCAUGUAUGAUCAAUGGUUAAUUCCUAUUGCUCAAGGGCUUAUAUUAAGGGUUACCUACACGGCAUGGCUAGCUUAGCCUACAAUUUAUGUUUCUUGCAUUUCUUUCUCUUUUUUUGAGAUGAGCUAGUGUGUUAUACUAUUUGUUCAUCUUUUCUGGUAGUGGUGGAUACAUUUUCGCCGGCUAGGGUUGGAAUUUGUAAAUAGAAGAUGGUCAAUAAUAAGAUUGUUUCUGGCUA